AUGACUCAAGAGUACGAGAAAUUGGAAUCACUUGUUAGCAACGGCGCCGUAGACCCAGACACCAUGGUGAAGUAUUCGCGAGUGUCCAGUAUUUUAGAGGGGUACCAUGAGUACCUUCGAGAUGUCGAGCAAGCCGAGGAACUUAUGGAUAUGGCAUCCACUGAGCCAGAUCUUGAGUUGGUCCAAGAAGCUCAAUCGGAGUUAGCCAGUCUAGUUCCGCAAUUAACCAAAACUACAACUAGACUUCUGGGGCAGCUACUUCCACAGUUAUCGUAUAGUGAUAAACCAGCACUACUUGAAUUGCGGCCUGGUGUAGGGGGCUCUGAGGCAGCCAUUUUCACUGGUGACUUAUUGAAUAUGUACAUUAAUUAUGCUAGCAACAAUGGCUGGCCCUAUAAACUAGAAUCUGUGAAGCGAGGAGUAAAUAACUCUGUUUCUGAAGCCAUUCUUUGUAUAGAUCAUGCUGGUGCCUACAAUAGAAUGAGAUUAGAACUGGGGGUUCAUCGAGUACAAAGAAUCCCUGCUACUGAAGUCAAGGGGAGAGUCCAUACAAGCACGGCUGCUGUUGUUGUGUUGCCUAAGAUAUCUGCUGGAGAUGCUAAAUCGCUAAAGGAAGAUGAAAGGACUUUUGCUGCUGGUGAGGUCCGAAUAGAUACGAUGAGAGCAGGUGGGAAAGGGGGUCAACAUGUUAAUACCACUGAUAGUGCCGUUAGACUUACUCACAUACCUACAGGUUUAGUUGUUAUUCAACAAGAUGAACGUUCGCAGCCCAUGAAUAAAGCAAAGGCAUUCCUGGUGCUUCGGGCCCGUUUAGCAGCAAGAGAAAGAGAAAAGGAAAUGGCCGAACAGCGUAAACUACGUACUGAUCAAGUCCUGACAACUGAUCGAAGUGAUAAGAUUAGAACUUACAACUAUCCUCAGAAUAGAAUAACUGACCAUAGAUGUGGUGUAUCAGUGUACGACAUUGAGGGUGUCAUGGGGGGGACACGCUUGGACGAAUUGAUGGAUAAAGUGGAGGAAUGGGAAUUCGAAGAGCAAUUACAGGCUUUAAUAGCAUCAAAGGGGGUGUCUAAAUAG